AUUUUGAUAGAGCAUCAGUUGCAGUUUGUUCUUCGUUUGCUUAUCUCAACAUGAAAUUCCUGAUUUGCUUGGCAGUCCUUCUAGCCGUUGCUUCGGCAGGAUAUAUCGGCGGUGGAUACGGCGGCUAUAGUGGUGGGGUUGGCGGAGGCUACAGUGGACUUGGUGGUGGAUACGGUGGAUAUGGUGGAUAUGGCGGAUAUGGCGGCUAUGGUGGAUAUUCGAAAAUUGGAUAUGGAGGUGGCCUCGGUGGAUACGGAGGUGGGCUAGGAGGUAUUGGCGGUUACGGAUUUAAAAAAUGGUAAAGAAUCGGUUGUAAAUUAUGAAUAAAACCUGCUUAAUUUUGAAAAUAUCAA